AUGAACAUUUUUUACAGUAGAUUAUUUACUGAUCCAGGAAGAAUCCUAUGCUUCAUUUUUGCCAUUCAACAAGUCAACAAGAAAUCUCAGCUUUUGUACAAUCUCACACUCGGCUACAACAUCCAUGACAAUUAUAUGAACACCCUUGGCACUUCAGAUGCCUUGCUGGACAUGCUCUCAACUGGAGAAGCCAAUAUUCCCAACUACAGUUGUGGAAAGAAGGACAACCUGAUGGCUGUUCUUGAUGGAUCUCUUGAUGACAUCUCCAUUCAGAUGUCAACAUUAGUAGGCACCUACAAAGUCCCACAGAUCAGUUAUGAAAUUGUUUCGGAGGCUUUGAGUGAUAAAAGUCAAAUGCCUUUUUUCCAUCAGAUGUUCCCACAAAAUGGGAUCCAGUGCCACCAGGAAAACCUUUGGAGGAAGCUCUGCUUGCAGGAUCCCAUCUGGCUCAGUCACCGGGACCAGAAGUUUCGUCUUCUCAUCAUUUGGACUCGUGCUGGAGCUCAUCCUCCUGCCCGUCUUCCAACCUUUUGGCCAAAGUUCUGCUUGUUACAGUUUCCUUGGAUUGAAAGCUGUGGACGUGAGCAGCCCCUGGAAACUAUGCAGAGGGGGGAACAUGUUGGCCAGAGGUCCCUUCAGCGGAAUCUGGGGAGACUCUACAAAUGCUCGAAGUGCGGGAAAUCCUUUGCUUACCGGUCCCUCCUUUUGAUCCAUCAGAAGCUACAUACGGGGAAUGGAUCCCACCUGUGUUUUCUUUGUGGAAACUCCUUUCCUGGAAUGUGGAGCUUUGCCAAACAUCUCCGGAGCCAUCCUGGACUGAGGCCUUAUAAAUGCGGAGAGUGCGGGGAGCGUUUUGAUAAAGGAUCGGACCUUGGAGCCCAUCAGCGAAUUCACCAGGGAAAGAGAUCUCAGGAAUCCUGGAAGCGCUGGGGAAGAUUUCCUGGGAGACGGCGUCUUUCUAGGCCUCAGAACAGCCCAGCUGAAGAGAAGCCCUGCGAGUGUGUGCAAUGUGGGCUGUGCUUUUCUCAAAACUCACAGCUGUUUAAACAUCAACAAAUCCACACCAGAGAGAAACCUUAUCAAUGUCUUGAGCGUGGGAAAUCUUUCCGUUAUAAACAAUUAUUUAGAAAACAUGAGAUUAUUCACACAGGGCAGAGUCCUUAUAAAUGCUUUGAGUGUGGAAAAUGUUUCACUCAGAGCUCAUCUCUUUGCCAACAUAAUAAAACACACACAAAGGAAAGCAAAACGUGCCUAGAAUGUGGGAAAUCUUUUUCUAGCAAAUCAUGCCUGCUGAAUCAUCAGAGAAUUCACACUGGAGAAAGACCCUAUGAAUGCCCAGAAUGUGGGAGAUGUUUUUGUGAAAAGUCAACACUAAUUCGACAUCAAAGAAUUCACACUGGGGAAAGACCCUAUCAAUGCCCAGAAUGUGAGAAAAGAUUUGUGGCAUCUGCUACACUUCGGAGCCACCAAAGAACACACACGGGAGAAAAACUAUACAAAUGUAAUGAUUGUGAUAAAUGUUUUUCUCAGAAGAAAGCUCUUUUUCAACAUCAGAGUAUCCAUACAGGGGUGAAGCCCUUUAUGUGCAUCGAGUGUGGAACAUUUUUCCGUAUAAAACAAAGCCUCCAAAGUCAUGAGAAUGUUCACAGAGGGGAAAAAAAGUUCAAAUGUUUAGAAUGUGGGAAAGCAUUUGCUCAUUCAUCAUCCCUUAGAAUUCACUGCCAAAGUCAUACGGGUGAGAGACGCCACAAAUGCUCAGUGUGUGAGAAAUCUUUUACCCGGAAAGAUGCACUUUUGAUACAUCAGAGUAAGCACAGUGGAGAGAAGCAAUAUAAAUGUCCGGAGUGUGAGAAAACUUUUCUUUGCAAGUAUUAUCUUAGAAGACAUGAGAGGAUUCACAAAGGAGAGAAUAUGCAGAAAAAUGAAAUGUGCCCAGAAUGUGGGAAAUGUUUUGUCAGAAAGUCACACCUAAUUCAACAUCAGAAACUUCACACCGGAGAAAGACCCCAUCACUGCCCAGAAUGUGGGAGAUGUUUUGGCACAAAGUCACAACUAAUUCGACAUCAGAGACUUCACACUGGAGACAGACCUUAUCAAUGCCCAGAAUGUGAGAAAACAUUUGUGGAGUCUGCUGAACUUCGGAGACAUCAGAAGGGACACACAGGAGAGAGGCCCUGUAAAUGUGCGGAGUGUGGGAAAGGUUUUCCCACAGAAACACGACUACGGGCUCAUCAGAGAAUCCACAUGGGGGAGAAGCCAUACCUGUGUGUGGAGUGUGGGAAAUGUUUUUCCCGAAAACAACACCUUGCAAAGCAUCAAAAGGUCCAUACACGAGUGAAGCCAUAG